AUGGUCUCCAGGUCCGACAUGACAUCGCCAGACUCGAGGAGAUCGGUGGAUAGCUUACCCUUGUCGUCCCCGAAAUCGUCCAUAUCCCAUCAUACUCCCUUUCAGCAAUCCGAGAGCGUUAAACCAGUACCGCGGCCACGGUUUGGAUCACGCAGGAGUUCCAACGCGAGCUCUAUCACAAGCCUGGGAUCGACGUUCCAUCCGCCGCUGCAACAACAGCACCAUCAACAUGGAUCUAUAGCGGAAGCAGGGCAAAAUGCAAUCUCUACACUCCUUCAGCCUCCAAUCGUCCGGACUGGACUUCUGCCGCAUAUCUCUGCUCCGCCUAGCGGUUAUAGGCCACCCUCGACUCGUGAUAUCCCCCCGGUGACCUUGACGAAUAUUCCGCAUGUUGAUUCCGCAUCCUUUCAACCAUACUUGUUACAAGUCGGGUCGCUGUAUGAUGCUUUACAUCAUGCCAAGGAGAAUGGGGACCAGGACACGAGUAUAAUCAGGAGGAAUACACCCUCUUUAGCAUCUCCAGAGCUUGACCAGUUGCUACAUAAGACGUUCGAUGGGCAUGGGCGGCAGUCUUCAUCUACACCCCUGGACCCCUCUGCGCCACGGUCGCGGCCAUCAUCCAGUCACAGGUCGGCACUCUCGCCAACGCCGCUUUCGACCAUACCAAACGUUUAUUUUGACGAGAACUUCCAGCUUGAAAAUCCUAGAACCUUCGACAUAGUGUCAGAGCGAUCCGAGGUUAUCAGCUCCCCAAAGAGUUCUGGACGACCUGGCUCAGGAGACGAAUUAGCCUCUGAUCGCCGGCCUAGUAGAAAAGCCCUCGCUACAAAUGCCAUAUUGCAGGAAAAGCUCUCGUGGUAUUUAGACACAGUGGAAAUCCACCUUCUUUCAUUCAUUUCAACUGCCUCUACAUCCUUUUUUUCAGCACUAGGGUCUCUACGAGAUCUCCAUACCGAAGCUGCAACCUCUGUGAAUAAUAUUAAAGUGCUGCGUGAAGACCUAGCAAAGUUGGAUGUUGACAUGGCUCAAGGAGGGUUGAAGGUCGUUAAACUCCAGCGUCGACGUGAAAACGUGAGGAGGCUGGCGGAUGCUGUCUGCCAGCUGCAAGAGGUCAUCUCGUCUGUAUCAAAAUGUGAGCACCUUAUCGAAAUUGGUGACCUUGAGGACGCCAUUGAUGAACUAGAUGAUGUCGAACGGCUUCUGGUUGGUGAACGGCCGACCAAACCACGCCAACAUCUUACAGACACCCAUAGAAUUAUAGACCUGCGUGGAGUCGACGCCCUUGAUCGCGCAUCGGAUGAUUUUGCCCAGCUCCGGUCUCGCAUAGGCGCAGGAUAUGAAAUCAGGUUCCUAAACAUCCUUUUAGAAGACCUUCGACGGCACGUUGAAAGCUCUUCUCCGGAGGCGACAUUACUCCGGCUGGGUGUAGCAUUCCAGAGGACCCGUCGAGGCCAGAGGACUACCACUUCAAGUGCACCGGCGUACAUGACUGUGGAUAAUGAAAUGCGGUUAAGACUACAAAAAGAACUUUCAGGGCUUGGUCGAGCUCGCUAUACUAUGACUGGAGCUACCUCCUUUAAAAACGCAGUGCUUCGAGAGAUGAAGAAUAUAAUACGCCGCCACCUUCCCAGUUCAACUGAUGAGGACAAUGAGUCUAUCAUGUCUGCUUCUACACACGGCGGUCGACAGCUGAACCAGCAAGAGAAAUCAUCCAUUUUAGCGCGCAACUUGCGUUCUUUGGGCGCGGAUGAUGCCUUCGCGAUGCUCACUACCAUAUAUACCGGCAUUAGCGAGGCGUUACGGAGAUUAAGUGUCCAAGUGAAGGUCUUGCUUGAUAUCACCAGCAACCUGGGGAAUACUCCAACGUCAGUGAAAUCUCCCACGAGAAGCCAAAGCUCGCAAAGUCUAGAUACGAUGGCCAAUGUCCCGUCGCCCAACACCUUGGCAAGGGAUGAGAUUCUCCAAGUUUUGGACAUGUCGAGCUUGCUUGGCCAAGCCGUCGAUAUAGUUCAAUCGCAAAUUGUAAAGGUGUUGAAAGUUCGAAGUGGACAGAUAGAGUUUUUCUCACUCCAACAAUUCCUUCAGUACUUCACCCUCAAUAGACUAUUUGCAGAAGAAUGUGAGGCAAUCUCGGGAAGAAGCGGCGCGGCUCUAAAGACGGUCGUCGAUAUACAAAUAAAGAAUUUCAUGUCUAGCUUCGGAGACGCCUGGAAACACCGCAUUGUCCAGGUUAUGGAUUUGGAUAAAUGGGAUGCCAAAGAUUUUGGAGAUCGCGAGCACACUUUUCUAUCCCGUGUGCUGGAGGCCAGUACGCAUGAUGCGGAAGUGUGGGGUGCAACCUCUAGAAUCUGGGGCACAGGUGUAAAUGACACGGAGCAAAAGCCAGAAGCCAAAGAGGCAGCCAUUAAUGGCUCCGGAACUAGCAAAGAACGCGUUCGAAGCGCGGUCAUCGAUGAACAGAAAUUCAUUCUUCCCGAAUCUGCCUUUUUGAUACUACAAGCCAUCGAGGAAUUUCAACAUUUCAUGGCCGGCAUACCAAACGUCGUUCCCGAUAUUGCCCCUAUUCUGCUCGAGUGUCUCAAGCUCUUCAAUUCGAGAACAUCACAAUUAAUUCUUGGUGCGGGAGCCACAAAGAGCGCGGGGUUGAAAAAUAUCACCACCAAGCACCUUGCUCUUGCAUCACAGUCGUUGAGCUUUAUCAUUGCACUAAUUCCCUAUGUUCGAGAAUUUAUUCGUCGACAUUGCCCAUCAAGUCCCGUGAUGGGUGAGUUUGACAGGGUCAAGCGGCUUUACCAAGAGCACCAGUCUGGUAUCCAUGAGAAACUGGUUGACAUCAUGAGUUCUCGUGCCUCCGUUCACGUUAACUCUAUGAAAAAGAUGGACUGGGAAUCAGAAUCGAACACCAAUGCCAUCAGCCCUUACAUGGAGAUAUUGGCCAAGGAGACUGGAACACUACACAGGGUACUAUCGAAACAUUUACCUGAAUCGAUUGUCGCGAUGAUCAUGAGCCCCGUGUUUGCGAGCUACAAGGACCAAUGGACGGAUGCAUUCCAGCAAGCACCGCUGAAAUCAGAGAAAGCUAGACAAAGCAGGCUGAUCAUCCGCUAA